GCACCUAUCAGCUUACUGCCAAUCAUGCUGCAUGGGACACAGGCAGCAGAGCGCAGAAAAUACUACAGUACCCGCCCGACCGGGAGGAGAGGAGGGAUAACGAACAGCGCCGCCCUCUGCAGCCCGUGGCAGCUUCACGUCAGGCAGCGGCUCACUCAGGAAAUUUAAACACAGAGCCGUCCAUAACACAGGCAGCAGGCACACGCAUCUUUCUGCUCCAAGGUCACCGAGCCAGGCAGCCUCCACGGGACACAUACACCUGCAUUCCCCAAAGUGAAUAGUCAGUGUUGAGGUGGGCCAGUGAUGCCGCCCCCAGCCACAAGUCCCUCCGCCGUGCCCCCACCAGACGGCGGUUGGGGGUGGGCUGUGGUGUUGGCAUCUUUCAUCUCCAUAGGCUUCUCGUACGCUUUUCCCAAAGCCAUCACGGUCUUCUUCAAAGACAUCCAGAUCAUCUUCGAUGCCUCCUACAGUCAGAUCGCGUGGAUCUCCUCCAUCAUGCUGGCGGUCAUGUAUGCUGCAGGUCCCAUCAGCAGUAUACUGGUUAACACCUAUGGUUGCAGGCCCAUCGUCAUGAUGGGGGGCUGCCUCUGUUCCACUGGCAUGAUCAUGGCUUCCUUCUGUAACAGCGUAGUGCAGCUUUACAUCUGCAUAGGAGUUAUCGGUGGACUUGGACUAGCCUUCAACCUGCAGCCAGCACUGACUAUGAUAGGCAAAUACUUCUUUAAUAAGCGUCCCAUUGCUAACGGGCUGGCGAUGGCAGGCAGUCCAGUGUUCCUUAGCACCCUGGCUCCUCUCAACCAGUACCUCUUCAACCAAUUCGGCUGGAGAGGCAGCUUCCUCAUCCUGGGCGGCCUGCUACUGAACUGCUGUGUGGCUGGUUCCCUCAUGAGGCCUCUGGGACCGCCACCCAGCAAGCUCAAGAAGGACGAAGAGUUAGCCGCCAUUGCCACCACAACAAAAGAGAAGCGCACUUGCUGGAAAACAUUCAACAAGUACCUGGACCUAUCACUAUUUAAGCACCGUGGCUUCCUCAUUUACCUGUCGGGCAAUGUCCUCAUGUUCGUGGGCUUCUUCGCACCUAUUGUCUUCCUUACAGCCUACGCUAAAGACAUGGGCGUGGAUGAGUACUCUGCUGCCUUCCUGCUCUCAAUUCUGGCUUUUGUUGACAUGUUUGCCAGGCCCUCCAUGGGGCUGCUGGCCAACUCGCGCUGGGUCCGGCCCAAGAUCCAGUACUUCUUCAGCUUUGCUGUGCUGUACAAUGGGGUGUGCCACAUCCUCUGCCCACUGGUGGAAAGCUACACCGGUCUGGUGGUAUAUGCAGUUUUCUUCGGCUUUGCCUUUGGCAUGGUCAGCUCAGUGCUGUUUGAAACACUGAUGGACCUGGUUGGGCCUCAGAGGUUUUCCAGUGCUGUGGGACUCACCACUAUUGUGGAGUGCAUCCCAGUCCUCAUUGGUCCACCUCUAGCAGGGAAAUUGGUCGAUGUCACAAAAAACUACAAGUCCAUGUAUUUUUGCUGUGGAGGUGUCGUGAUUUUGGCCAGUAUUUGGCUCUUCAUUGGAAACUUCAUUAACUACAGACUCUUGGAGCGUGAGCGCAAGCGUGCAGAGCUGUACAAACGGACUGAAACGGAAGAUCCGGACCAAGCUCUGGAUCAGAAGGAGGCUGAUGGGGAAGCCCAGGCGUCGGAGGACCUAGUCGACAAAAGCGAGAAAGGUGACGAACCUAUGCAGCGGGAAACCAACAUCUAGAUCCUUCUGCUCUUCUAACAGCUCACCCUGACUUCCGCGACUACCUAGCAACACCUUCCACUACGAUCAAACUGAGCUCCAAGCCAAGAGGUGCCUCUCGGUGUUCCACCAGGCUCUAUUCGGGGUCCUCUGCACUCAAACUAACUGCCAAAGCAACUACUGUGUUGUAGGAGGCUGUGAGGAGUAAUAUCUGUUUGCCAAAGAGCAUAACAGAAAUAUUAACCACAGAGAAAAGUGUAAGAUAAUCGUAUGCAUGUGAGGGGGUCUAAAAUUCAGAAAAUUAAAUGGAAAACAAUGCAGUACUAACCAUGUUUUCUUUUUUUUCCACGUUCACCUCAUAUCGGAUUUACUGUAAAUAUAAGACUACAAAAGUACAUUCACUGCACCUAGUUACAAUCAUGAUGUAAGAUUAUAGUUUCUGUAGGAACUCCAAAAUUGUGUCAACUGAGAGCUAACAUUAGCUGCAAAUCCACACAUGCUGGCAGAUAAUUAAAAAUGUAGUUAAAUUCAGAGUCAGACAAUCAACUCUGCUUAAGAAGUUUGUUACUGCUGCUACAGUUUGUUAAUGGUUGAUUUAAGUUAUUUCCAUUCGUCCCAACAUUGUAUCAAGUAUCUUCCUACUGUCUUCCGAUAUGACGUGAAUGCAGCAUUAGCGUGUCACCGCUGUUCAACAGCACCAGCAAACUGAAUUCAUGUUCAAAAUGAAAUCCGUCUUCUUCACAACACACUGAAGUCUUGGUAAACGAGGAAAUGCUAAAUUAACAAGGAAGCAGUAAACCGAUUUCUCGGUGGUUAGAGUAUCUGUGAGUGAAAUGUGUCUGUUCUUGGUGAAGUUUUGAACAAUGAUCCCUAACUGUGCGUUAACACCGCAAGCAACAUGGUUAAUGCUUCUUUUUUUUACAAAUUGUUGACAGAGGCUCUGAAUGUAGAUACAAUCAAAUAAUUAGUUUGCAUACAAAACUAACUAGGUGAAACAAUUUUGGAUAUUAUCAUUGGCUAUAAUGAUAAAUGCACCCAAUCCCAGUGCAUCGGAAAUGGUUGAUCCAGCUGGUGAUAUGCGUCAAGCAAGAAGUCAAAAUUCUAAUUGCACUGUUUUAAAAUGGCAAUCUGGUGCCAUAAAAUUCUCACUUCCAUUAAUAAAGAACAGAUGUGUUCACAGCUGGUGACGCUGUUGCCCAUGUAUUAUGCUGCCCACCUGAGCACUGUAACAUUGUGUAGUAAAACCUGCACAAAUGUCCCACUUUUAAUACUUUCGAUCUAGUCGUAAAAUGCUUCCUGUAAGUCUUCUAGUGUUCCAUAUUGCACUCAUACACGGUGUCCUGCACUGAAAGAGAAAUGGCAAUACAAACAUUUAUUAAACGGCUGCCAUUAAAUGAGUUUAAUUAUGGUUGAAUGUAAUUUCCUCUGUGGGCCUUAACAAGGUAUUAAUGACCAAAAACCAUCGGCAUAAUAUUGGUUUUUCCACACAUAGAGCCCAUGAGCAAUAUCAUUUAUCAUAUUUUAACUUUUAAUGCAGAUACAUGUAUACAGGGAAAGGUAUUUCUUGUGGUCAGCUCAACAGUCCAUUCUAUGAUACAUUGCCUUACAUGUAUUGUAAAGAAUGCAGAGGAGUUGUACGGUGAAUACUUGGUAGUAUUAUACUGAUCUGAUAAACUUUUGUGUUAAAUGUGACCCACUUUUUGUGGCUGUGUUUAACUUUUAAACUCACAAGAAAUCA